AUGAAAGCACAAGCUGCAGCAACCACCUCUGCACCUAGGGCUUCCGAGACUCAUCAUCAAAGGCUUCUUCAUAACGCAAGAAACGCUGCUGCCACUGCAAAAUCAAGGGCAAUAGAGACACUUGACCACAGGCAUGACGGUCAAUCCAGGGACGCUGCUGCAACAGCGAGAGCUAGGGCUGCUGAGACACUGCUUCAUAUGUCUGUGCGAAAUGCCAUGAAUGCUGCCACCAUUGCCAGGUUGAGGGCAGUAGAGACACCUGCCCACAUGCGCGCCCAUCAGUCCAGGGACGCUGAUGCAACAGCAACCGCUAGGGCUGCUGAGACUCCGCUCCGUAGGUCUGUUCGAAAUGCUACAACUGCUGCCACCACUGCCAGGUCUGUUCGAAAUGCUAGGAAUGCUGCCACCACUGCCAGGUUGAAGGCAGUUGAAACAUUCAACCGCAGACGUGCCCGACAAUCCAGGGAUGCUGCUGCAACAGCAAGUGUUAAGGCUGCUGAGACACUGCUAUGUAGGUCGAAGGCAGCUGAAACAUUUCACCGCAUGCGCACCCAUCAAUCCAGGGACGUUGCUGCAACAGCUAGGUCGAGGGAGUCCGAGACAGAGCUGCAGUGGGCAACCUGCAAUGCCCGCAACGCUGCAGUGACUUCUGCAGCCAGAAACUCUGAGGGCCCACAGCCAAAUGGCGCUGGCAACAAACUCCCCAACGGCUGCUACAAACAUGGCCGCUUUUUGGUCUUUCUUGGCUUUCAAUUACAACCCCGGCAUUAA